AUGGCUAAAGACGUGGAGAAAUUCUGUGCAGCAUGCGUGUCUUGCGCAUCAUCCAAGAAGUCGACUCAGAAACCGUACGGGCUGCUGAAACCAUUACCGGUACCCAAAUACCCGUGGGCACAGAUUGGCGUCGAUUUCCUGGGACCAUUAACGGAAUCCGCGACCCUACUGGGUAAAUUUGACAUGGUAUGCGUGGUAAUCGACCACUUUACGUGCAUGGCGCACUUGAUACCAACAAGGUCGGACUACACGGCCCGCGACAUGGCCGAGGUAUUUCACGCGAACGUCUUUAGGCUGCACGGGGUACCCGAGAUCAUCAUUAGCGAUAGAGACAAGUUAUUUACAUCGAUCUUCUGGAAGACGCUCUAUGAACUAUUAGGUACCGAACUGAGACUGUCGUCGGCGUUCCACCCACAGACGGACGGGCAGACCGAAAGACUCAUACGCACGAUACUGGCACUGAUACGCGUGUGCAUAAACCCAGCGUUGAGAGACUGGGCAACCAAAUUACCUAGUAUCGAGUUCGCAGUAAACUCGGCUAGAUCGGAGACCACCGGGUUCAGUCCAUUUGCACUGAAUUACGGACGAACCCCACGUCCGAUAUUAGUGCGAACCAAUACUGACAUGUACGGGGUACGCGACGCGGCCCGCAACAUCAAAUACGCACUAAUGAUAGCACACGAUGCCAUCAUUGGUUCGCGAAUAAGUCAGAUGGUCGAAGCUAACAGGCAUAGAAGACCUUCACCGUUUAAGACCGACGACUUAGUAUAUGUUAGUACCAAGAACAUGAGAGUGCCGCUGGGGAAACCACACAAGUUAUUGGCGCAAUGGAUCGGGCCAGUAAGAAUAGACGGUGUGGUCAAGGAAGGGGCCACUUACCACGUAGAGUUGCCCGACGACUUGAAGCGAAGAGGAAUAAAGCCAAUAUUCCACGCGUCGCUACUGAAACCACAUGUACCAUAUGAGGAUCGUCGCUUCCCGGGAAGGAACUACAAGCAGAUAGCCUCCUUAGAAGCCGAUGAUGAUGAAUGGGCGGUUGAGCGGAUAGGCGGACAUCGCGGCAAGGGGAAUAACGCGAUGUUUGAGAUAGUAUGGCAAUCGGGAGACCGUACCUGGGAAUCAUACCGCGUGGUACGGCACCUUGAGGCCCUAAGACAAUAUUUCGAAGCCUUAGGGAUCAGCCGCACUAAAGAGCUACCGUGGAAAGAAGACGGGGAAGUACCGUACGAUGAACUUAGUGAUAGUGGGUCUGAAACCCUCGAAUGCGCAAGCGUAAGGGUACUUAAGGAAGCGAUAUGGGAACCUCAACCGGUCAUCAGCACCAUAUCUCACUGCCUAAGACUAGAUCCUUUAUUAUCACACUUGACUCUAUCUACAAAAUGUACCACGGCCGGCGAAGACGCCGCAGUCGCGACCGAGAACGACGGCGGGAUGCACCACCAGCGUACGACCCAGGACCCGACGAACGAGUCGAUGCAGGCUUACUACGGCUGCUCAACACGGUGGCCCAGACCAGCCUCGAAACCGUUAGGGCAAGAAACGCCCCACUCCCACAAAGGGGAAGGCGAGGACGGUUCGGGAGGCCGAACAUGGCCAGGUCCCCGCAUGUCGGGAGAGGUCAGAUGGACCUGUACGAAGGUAUUAUUGGCGUCAGUACCAAUGGGCCAUUGCGUGCACGACCGAGAGAGCGGACUUACCAAGGGUCAUCUACAGGAAGACGCCUUAAACGGCGACGCACUCGACUUAAUGCUAGGAAUCGCGGCCGAUCACCUACCAGAAGCACGUCGGCCUCCCGGUCUAGCGAGGGAUCCACCGUACGAGGAAGAAGUACCUCGACCGAGCACGGACGAAGAACGCGAACGGGAAGAAAACGAGCGCGUACCCGAUCCAGUCCCUACGACCCUACCGGAUCCGGUCGAGAGGGGACCGGCGAAUCAUCCGAGGAGACCAGCGACGGAACCGACCCAGGCGGGGACGAUUGGACGGCAAGUCAACGAACUGGCAAGGAAGGUAUCGCUGGCGAUUCUCUCGGUCGAGAACGUCAUAUCAGGAGUGGGACAUCAUGGAAGACAUGUCCCGUAUCGCGCUUCGAGCACUAAGGAUAGAAGACGAACCCAGGAUCGGGGACGCAAACUACCCCCAGGAGCUGAUCAGGAGGGCGUAUCCCAUGCCCCAGAUGCCAGAGUCGACGGAGAGGGCGAUCGACGACCUCAUACUGGGGAUCGAGGAGCACUGGGCGACGGUCAGGGGGAACAAGGCGACUUUGAGACACUACGUACUGUCGAGGCUCCCGAAUCCAGCAUCGGAGAGGACGAGGACGAGCCCUCACCUGGUAGCGACGCAGGAGCCGAGCCGGCCAUCGUCGGCGACCGAGACGACCUAGAUGUCCGCGAUGCCACUGACCACGUUGCCAAGUGGACCAACCUCGGGCCAGACAUCGAGAUGCGGGACGCCGACAAGGGACUCAAGACCAUCGAGCCUGAACAACCUUGCAUCUCCCCAAGGAAGCUCGAACUCAAGCGAUCUUCUACGCGUCGAGGAUCUGAUCGAAACGACGGAAAAGGAGGAGAGCGAACCGACGGAGGAAAGGGAAGGAAGUGA